CCCUAACAAUCUUCUUCUUCUUCGUUAAAAGCAAAACUGGUGACAAAUACAAUAAAUCCUAUACGUAAUUUGGUUCAAUUUAGUCGCAGAAACACGCAUCAACUUCAAACCGGCGCUCCCACAGCUGAUCACGCACCUUUGUUUUUAAACUUUGCCGUCACAAACCCACCGGUCUUCAUUCCUGCCUCGCUCCUUCUGUUACUCGGACAAAAGUCAACCGACGUCGGCGGCCGCAGAUAGCUGCUCCCCGCACAUGUAAGAUGGUGCUGCAACAACAGCAAACUCAUUUGUAAGACAAACGUUCGACACAAAACAAAAGCUCAACCAUGAGGGACCGACUGAGCUACAUGCAGGAAUUGUCCAGUAGCCACGUGGAGCCGAUGGAGUACGCCGAGUCGGCCUUGUCGGACACCCUCAGUAACGUGGACCUGGAGGACGAGCUACCCCACGAGGCGGUGGUGUUCGACAACAGCCCCGCCAUGACCAAGCUCUUCGAGCAGGCGCAGGAAAUUCACAAAGACGUCCAGCUCAUUCGUCUGGAGGUGAAAAGGCUCCGGGAGCAGAACUCUCGCAUGCUCCAGAGCGUCACCACCAUGAGCACCGUCAAAAGGGACGCAAACGCCAUCGGCGCCGAUAUAAAGACACGGGCCGAACGCGUGCUGUCGCACCUGCGGGACAUGGAUAACACGGCCCGCAAGCUAGAAGAAGCGCACGGCCCCAAUUCGGCCAUCGCACGCAUCGCCCGAACCCAGUACGCCUGCCUGAGCAACGGCUUCCGCGACGCCAUGUUUGACUACAACGAGGCCGAGAUGAGCCACCGAGACAACUGCAAAGCUCAGAUCCAGAGGCAGAUGGAGAUUGUGGGGCGCGACGUGACCGGCGACGAGGUAGAGGACAUGAUCGAGAAGGGGCACUGGAACAUCUUCACCGACAACAUCAUGGCGGAGGGCAAGACGGCUCGCGCGGCUCUGUCCCAGAUCGAAAAGCGCCACCAGGAGCUGGUGGACCUGGAGAACCGCAUCAAGGGAGUCCACGAGAUCUUCCUGGAUGUCGCGCUGCUGGUGGAGGAGCAGGGCUCCAUGCUCGAUUCCAUCCAGACCAACGUUCAGACAACGGACGAGGUCUUGCAGGACGCGGUCUUCAAACUCGGCAAGGCCAAGCGUCACGACAGGAACAAUCCGUUUAAAAAGAUGUUUUGUAGUUGCUUCCCGUGCUUUGACUAAAGCAAGUAAACCUCAUUUAUCACGGGAGAUAUGUUCCAGAACCACCUGCAGUAGGUGAAAAUCGGCUGUAUGGGGAUAAGAGGCGCGAGAAUUGCGGCCGAAAGAAGCUUUUGCGCGCGUGUGCCGCGAGUCUCUUUGUGUUUUACUGUUCUCUUGACAUUCGAUAUUUCCUGAAUCUCCCCAACAGGAUUCAAGAAAAGUACCGAGAACAGAUGAAUAGAGUUUAGGUCCAGAAGAUCUUUUUAAAAAUACAACAGCGGCUGUGGCUCUUCUUUCCCACAUGCGAGGGCAUUCAAAUAAGCAAACUGUAAAAACCCUAAAAAACGAUCACUUAAAAAGAGACGCAUUAUAGCAGGCUCGCAAACGAUGAACCGUGAUAUAGCGAGGGAACAUUACACACGUACCAAUUUUUUUAAAUGCGACAGAGCCCACGCAUGACCGAGGGGGGAAAAAAUGCUGUGAGUGCUAACUGCUCUUAUAAUGUCUGGUGUCGUCGAGACGAUCAACACUCCACACGCAUAACGGUAUCUCCAGGGACAAUUACGAUUCGUCUUUGGUAGUACAAAUACUGACUUGUGAGGAAAAAAAAAACAGAAAACACAAAGAAAAAGCAGCAGUAGUAGUAGAAGAAGAAAUAGACUAACUUUUAGCUUGUCUGGUAGCUAGAUUGCGGUUGCAAACUCUUCCCCUUGACAUUUUUAUUGCGGUGAAUGACACGUUAUAGAAACACUCAACCCACCCAGUUGCUGUAUUUGUGCACGGCAACAAACUUCCUCAUUGGCGAUCGUUCAGUUUCACGUCACAAUCACCAAGUGCGUGGCUCCGCCCAACUCUGUAUCGAUUGGUACUGAACAGGUUUAAUAUUUACGGUGGUCGGCCCCGACCGUUUUCCGAGCAAAACGGGCAAGAAAACAAAACAAAAAAAUCACUCUUAAUACAACCCGCACCAUAAUCAGGAUAAUCAUUCAGAGUCAUCUGACAAUCUGCCGCCUCCUGAUUUGGAUCGCAAUCAGAAUCAGAAUCAGAAUCAUCAAGUGAGGAAAAUUGUCGGUACGUGUGUUCUUCGUCAUAUGUGGAUGUCUCUGUCUUUUUUGUGUCUCCAGGAAGUGAAACUUGAGUAUAAUAAGAGACUGAGGAUAAAAAAAAUAAAAAUACUUUGGUGAUUGUGUUAAGAUAUUUGUAUGAAAGAUUUGUGAUGGGUAUCUCAAACCAGGAAACAAGAAAUAAUAAGAAUAAGAAUAAUUUUGCACAUAACGAAUGAUGAUAAGCACAACUUUAGAAAACCCUAUUCCUCUGGGCUUGACAAAAAAAAAAAAAAAACCCACCACAGUUCAAAGAAAUAAACUCACAAUUAGUUUCCAAUACAUCCCCGCCCAAUGAAAAGCAUGUUAGAAAUAUCCGGAUUAAUUUUUGUCGUGUUUUGUAUAAAAACACAAAAUUGUAAAUGCCAGAUUAUACAUUUUCCUGCUCAGAACUAUUGCAUGCUGUAUGUUUGAACCUUGGUAUGUAAAUAUACUGUAAAAAAAAUGAAUUUUUAGUUAGUGGACGCUUGAAGAAAACUGUUUAUAAUGUCCAUUAGAAUGUCUUGUAUGUCUAUGAUUUACUGAAUUAUUGCUGCCUGAUCACCAAAAACCUUGUUUUCAUCCUUUUUUUGCACAAAACAAACACAAAUCCACGCCGUGGAUUUAUGUAUGCAACUUUUUUUUCUUUUUUAAAAUUAAUCUCUGUUGUCUGUCAUUCAACGAUAAAAAAAAAAAAAAACCCUAAUUAAAAACAUGUUCAAGUGAUGGAUCUUUA